UGUGUGUGUAAGAUGGCGGCCGCGGCGCUGGUGUUUUGGUUUUAGAGCCGCACUUGUGGCUCUUUUGGCUCUUUCUUUCGGCUCUUUCUUUUGUCUCUUUUGGCUCUUGUGGCUCUUUGGACAUGGUGGUGCCCGUGGACAUCUCGGCUCUGCUGCGGGCCGAGCCGGAGCCCGGGGAGGACGGACUUUGUGUGGUCGGACUGUUCGGGAAAAGUGACCUGAGGCCCGAGUCUCGCACCGAGUCUCUCGUGGACGCGCUUCUGGACAGACGCGCGUUCCCGCCGUUCGACGCGGGAAACGGCGGCGGGAUCCGCGCGGUGCACGAGCCCGAGCGGCGCGUGCUCUACCUGCUCAUGAGCUCCGCGUGCGACGGCCGCGAGCUGCUGCGCGCGUGCGCCGCCGUGAGCGCGAACGGCGCGCACGCGGACGCGCACGAGCUGUGGAAGAGUCUGGAGCGCGAGCGCUGCCUGCACCUGCUCUUCCUGUUCUCCGUGUGUCACGUGCUGCUCCUUGUGCACCCCAACCACACCUUCGACGUGACGUACGACCGCGUCUUCCGCGCGGUGGACGCGCUGCGGCAGAAAGUCCUGCCGCUCCUCCGCGCGGCCAUCAAAGACUGCGCCGUGUCCAAAGAGUGGAAGGUCAACUGCCGCGCGUGCCCGCCGCGCGUGCUCUUCGUGUUCCACAUGAACGGCUCCCUCAAGGUGUGUAGCGGCGCGGACUCGGUCCCUCCCGUGGACAAACCGAAGCGUCCGUCUCCACGGCGACGGCUCCAACACGCCCUGGAGGACCAGAUCUACCGGAUUUUCCGUAAAAGUCGCGUCCUGACGAACCAGAGCAGUAACUGUCUGUUCACGGUUCCCGCCAACCAGGCCUUCGUUUACGUGGCGCCCGCCGCCGAGGAGGACGCCGUGGGCGCUCUGCUGGGGCAGCUCCGGUCGCACUGUGCCCUGGGGGAGCGCGACCCAGCGUCCGGCCCCGGGAGGUACCGGCCGACGCGGCGCUCGGCGCGUGCCCCCGCGCCGGAGCCGGCGGCGGGGCCCUUCUCCGGGGCCCCUCAGGACUGCUCCCUGAAGGAGUUCCUCUGGCAGCACGUGGAGCUGGUGCUCACCAAGAAAGGCUUCGACGACAGCGUGGGCAGGAACCCGCAGCCCUCGCACUUCGAGCUGCCCACCUUCUCCAAGUGGCUCCAGGUGGCCUCCAGACUCCACCAGGUGAUGGUUGGACCUCCUGACGACGAGCACAAGGAGCUGCUCCUCAAAGUCCAGAACCAGCUCAAAGUUCUGGAGGGUUUUCUUGACGCCGACGCCAAGUUUUCGGACAACCGCUGCCAGAAGGCCCUGCCCCUGGCCCACGGCGCCUACCAGUCCAACCUGCCCCACCACUACACCUCCACCGUCCACAAGAACCAGCUGGCCCAGGCGCUGCGGGUUUACAGCCAACACGCCCGGGGCGUGGCCUUCCAGCGCUACGCCCUCCAGCUCCACGACGACUGCUACAAGUUCUGGAGCAGCGGACACCAACUGUGUGAAGAACGCAGCCUCACCGACCAGCACUGUGUCCACAAGUACCACCUGCUGCCCCAGCCAGGGGAGAAGCCCGACCUGGACCAUAACCCUCCCAUCCUCCAGCACAACAGCAGAGGACGAUCCAGCAGCAGCUGCAACUGUGGAAGGAAACAGGCCACGAGAGAAGAUCCUUUUGACCUCCAGACGGCCAACUACGACUUCUACAAGCCCAACAAACCCAACGCCGGCUCACACCUCAACUCACCUGCCACGUGCGCCGCUCAAGUCACCUGCACGACCACCUCAACACCACAAAACACGCGGGUAACAGGGGCACUCUGGGCGGGUACUCUGGGCGGGUCUGGGUACUCUGGGGGCGGGUACUCUGGGCGGGUGGGUACUCUGGGCGGGUACUCUGGGCGGGUGGGUAGUACUCUGGGCGGGUUCUCUGAGCGGGUGCAGCCCGGCCCGCCCCCCUGCCCGCUGUUCCACCCGGAGCAGCCUGAGGUGGUGCUGCCCCCUGAUGGUCUGUGGGUGCUGCGCUUCCCCUUCGCCUACGCCACAGAGCGAGGACCCUGCUACCCCCCCAAGGACGGGCAACCUCUGAGCGACUACAAGGUCCUGCGGGGGGUCCUGCGAGCGUGCCCCGUGCCCCCCCCGCGCUCCUGAACCCCCCGUGUUUACUUAUGUUUUUGGGGUUUUUUUUUUGAUAAAUGUAAAAAUGUGAUUAUUUUUUUUAUUUUUUUCUCUGGAGUAAAACCUUAAAAUAAAAUCUGCUCUUGUUGUUUAAAAACUGAAAUAAAUGAAACAGAAAAACACUUUGGUCCCAACAGAAACUCAGAGUCUCGUUUGUGACGUUUGGUCCAAGAGUCGAGUUUCGGCCUCUUCAGGUUCAACAUUUGAUUUUUGAGACCGGCUCACGGCUCCGCCGAGUCAGACGCAGGUUAUGACACAACGAGCGCAGACCCCGCCCCCACCUGGCACCGGCGAGCGCAGACCCCGCCCCCACCUGACACGCCGGGCACUGCCAUGUCUCGAGAAAAGGAAAUGGUCAGUCUGUCGGUCGACCCGCCGGCCACCGCUCCACACCUGCUCCCUGUGACCCGCCGGGAGCCACUGGCUCUGGAGGACUGUUCGGAUUCAGGUUCGGGUUUGGGGUAAAUCUUCAGCAGGUUCAGUGGCUUUUUAAAUUUCCUUGGUCCAAACUUGUGCUGUUCUUGUGUCUUUGGGCAGUUCGGUCUCUUUUGUUCUUCGCUCCGACCUGUUUCUUUGUUUUCAGUUUUUUUGUUUUCAGUCGUUCUUCAAAGUUCUUCCUGGUCGGUGUGUCCGGCCACAGAGGUCACGCGGGUGGGGGUCACAGGGGCGGGGGUCACAGGGGCGGAGGUCACAGGGCGGGGGUCACAGGGGCGGGGGUCACGCAGACGGAGGUCGUUCCAGAACUGUGACUCGGCAACAAACAAAACUUAAAUGAGCCCAAAGCCGCUCGGCCGGUUCUGAGUCGCUACGGAAACAACAACACGACAGAAACAAACAUAAGUCUUACUGCACUAAAGAUAAAAACCAACAUUUCU